AUGGUCAAAGAAAUAAGAGGUCAUGUUGCUGCUUUGUGUAAGCCUAUUAUGCAAAAAAGAUUGUUGGACUGUCUACAUAACACUGAAAUAUUCAAAUCAAAAUCCCCUUCACCUCCAUACACAAAUAAUAAUGAUGACAUUAAUAAUGUUGAAAAAUAUUAUCAUCAUAACAGACCAACCAAAACCAUUACUUCUGGUAUAGAAGCUGAUUCAACAUCAAUAAUAACAAAUUAUGAUAAUGAUGCAAUGCUAAUUGAUAAAAAAUCUAAUUUUGACGAUUUUGAAAAAUCAGGCAAUAACCCAGAGUUUAAUUGUAGUAUGAAAUCCGAAAAAUUUAAUUCAAAAUUAAAGCGUUCAGUUGACAGCGAAUCCAUCUAUUCGUUAAAUAAUGAACGUUCAUCAAAAUCAAGAAAUAGACCUACUUCAAAAUCCAAAUGUGUUUUAUGUGUGGAAGAUAACCCUAUCAAUCUAAAGGUUAUUCAACAUCAACUAACAAAAUUAGGAUAUCAAUCUUUAUCAGCAACAAAUGGCCAAGAAGCAGUUAAUUUAAUGAAAUCAGAAUGCAUGGAUUCACCUGAUGAUAACAUAUAUGAUGGGGAAUCAGCUGGGCUUUCAUCUGAUUCUGAUUCUAAUUAUAACAAAAUAUCAUUGAUUUUAAUGGAUUGUGCAAUGCCUGUUAUGUCUGGGUUUGAUGCAUCAAAAGCUAUUAGAGCAAUGGAACCACCAAUAUCACAAAUACCAAUUAUAGCAUUAACAGCAUCAGCAGUACAAGGCACAAGAGAUAGAUGUCUUGAAGCUGGCAUGAAUGAUUAUCUUACUAAACCAUUGAAAAUUGGACAACUUAAAGAAAUGUUGACUCAAUGGCUUGGGGAAGAUUAA